GUUGAGGCCGGUGGCUUCCCGAUGAAGGACACCUUCAAGAUGAUGAGCGACAUGAUCUUGCUGUGCGCCACUUUGGCUCUGUCCCUCUUCUUCUGGAUGCUCUCCCUCACCCUCAGCGCUUACUCAGGGACGCUGCAGCCCGUGUCGCCGUGGCGAUGGCUCUUCUCCAUUUUGGUGCCACUGGUGUUAACCAUCCGAGCGGUCAAAAGACGCAGCCUGGACCGGUCGGGGGCGCUCGGAGCUCUGCUGGUGGGUUUUGUGCUGAGCAUGGCCAACCUGAGCUUCUUCUGCUCACUGCUGACUUUUUUCUUCACCUCGUCCAAGCUGACGCGUUGGGGGGGCGCACACAAGAAGAAAAUUGACGCCGAUUACAAAGAAGGCGGCCAGAGAAACUGGGUGCAAGUGUUCUGCAACGGAGGCAUCCCUACACAGCUGGCGCUGCUUUACAUGAUUGAGGCGGGUCCGGGCGAGAUCCCCAUCGACUUCGGGCGUCAGUACACUGCCUCGUGGAUGUGCUUGUCGCUGCUGGGAGCGCUGGCGUGCAGCGCGGGCGACACCUGGGCCUCGGAGGUGGGGCCCGUGCUCAGUCCGUCGCGGCCCAGACUCAUCACCACCUGGCGGGAGGUCCCGGAAGGGACCAACGGCGGCGUGACCCACGUGGGCUUGGCGGCCAGCUUCCUGGGCGGGCUGGCGGUGGGCGCCGCCUACUUGGCGUCGCAGCUGCUGUUUGUCGGCGACCUCCAUCUGUGCGACCCCCAGUGGCCCGUGGCGCUGUACGGCGGCGCCGCCGGCCUGCUGGGCUCCCUCGUCGACUCCUUCCUGGGAGCCAGCGUGCAGUACUCAGGUUUCGACUCCAGUAUCGGGAAGGUGGUGAGUUACGAGUCCCCGACCACGCACUGGAUCAGCGGCAAACCCAUCCUGGACAACAACGCCGUCAACCUGUUCUCCGCCGUCCUGGUGGCGCUCAUCCUGCCCGGGAUGGCUUGGGGCCUAUGGCCGCAUUAG